AUGGAGAACGAGGUGGUCCCUGCUCUCUGCCGGGCUACCGAGAGGCAGAACUCGGGAUGCAGCGAAGUCCCCAAGAAACUGGGCCUGUCCUUCUCCAUCGAGGAGAUCUUAAAGAGGCCCACCGAGAGGAGCAACAGGGUCCCACGGGAAGGGGCAAGUGGACCGGACACCGGGAAAGCAGAAGGUGCAGACUCCAGGCCUGAGAAGCCCCAACAGGACCAGCCCCACGGAGAGAGGAAGAGCAAGCGGAGGGUCCGAACCACCUUUACCACAGAGCAGCUAUGUGAGCUAGAGAAAAUCUUCCACUUCACCCACUACCCAGACAUCCACGUCCGCAACCAGCUGGCAGCCAGGAUCAACCUCCCAGAAGCCCAAGUACAGAUCUGGUUCCAGAAUCAACGAGCCAAGUGGCGGAAGCAGGAGAGGACCGGUGGUGCCCCUAGGGCUUCACAGCAGCUGAGUGAGGCGCACUUGGCCCCGGCCACAAAUCCGGACGUGACCGGUCCCCUGCUGCCACCCCCUGCACUGCCCAGGCUGGCUCCUCCCACAGGGUGUUAUCCACCAGCUCAAGGUCAGCCAGCCUCUGCCUGGUUCCCUGCCUGGACAUCGCCUCUCCCGGGGCCCCUCCUCCAGCAGACCUGCAUCCCUGUCCUCUGCUUCCUUCCACCUCCACACCCGAAAUGGGGCCGCAUCUGCACCACUUCAACAUAG